UGCUGUGUGGGGCACUAUAUGUGCCGUCUAGCAAUUUAGGAUACGGCCAUUAGCUUAAGCGUAGCUGCUUGCUAGCUAGCUUUGGUUACACUGUAGUUAAAGCUGAUUAAACGGUCGCCCAAAUUAUAGCUACAUUUUAGCCUUUAAGAGUAAUUUUCUAUUUUUUUCUUUCUUUCGACUUUUUUGGGCUUUAAACCAAAACAACCGCUAGCUAAACUCUCCAGUAUCUUGGAGCUCCACUGGUGAUCUCUGGGCAGAGGGAUCAUGUCCGGAGACCUGGUUGGAGUUUGGGACGUGGCCCUGAGUGAUGGGGUGCACAGGAUUGAAUUUGAACAUGGCACAACCACGGGGAAACGGGUCAUCAAUGUUGAUGGCAAGGAGGUCCUGAGGAGAGACUGGAUGUUCAAGCUGGUAGGCAAGGAGACGUUUUAUGUAGGAAGCACAGACACAAAGGCCACCAUUAACAUUGACGCGGUGAGUGGGUUUGCCUAUGAAUACACACUGGAAAUCAACGGCAAGAGCCUGAAGAAAUAUAUGGAGAACCGUUCUAAGGUUACAAGCACUUGGCUGCUCAACCUGGAUGGCGUAGACUGCAGAGUGGUCCUGGAAAAAGACACCAUGGACAUUUGGUGCAAUGGGCAGAAAAUGGAGACAGCCGGGGAGUUUGUGGAUGACGGCACAGAGACACACUUCACUCUGGGCGACCAUGACUGCUGCAUCAAGGCCGUGAGCAGCGGCAGGAGGAGAGACGGCAUCAUCCACACACUCCUGGUGGACGGAAACGAAAUGGCCGAGGCCAACGAAUUAUCAUCUGUGAAUCCUGUGAUGUAGGGAGUUGCAUUUUUAACCCUCAUGUUCUUCACUACAGUGGUUGUCCUACUGACUCAGGCCAGAAUUUAAAGCAAUACAGGUGUAACAUUUCAUUUAAAUUCGCAGUACAUUCCCAGUAAUCACAGCACUAAGAAUUACAAAUGAUAUCAAUAGAUAGAUGCACAAAAGCACUUCCUGUUUGCUGAGAGCACAGGUGUAGGGAGGGGUAGGGAGUGAGACACUAAAAUCUGAUUUAUACUUCAGAUCUAACACUUCACUUUGAAAAGUGUCCUGAAUGUAAUUCAUUUAAGAAUUUUUUUUCCCUCAAGAAACUAAGCCAAAUUCAUGCUGGCAACAUUAGUUUAAGUAUUUAGAACAUGAAAAUGGGUAAAAAUGGAGCCCAAGGAGAACACACAGGUUGAGCUAGUCUGGCCCUUGUACUGGUUUAACAUCACAUUUCCCAGUUCAGUGUAAAAUAGGGUCAAAAGUAUGUGGAAACCUGACCAUCACACCCAUAUGUUCUCCUUCCCCAAACUAUAAGCAUAAAAUGCCUUUUGUAUGUUGUAGCAUUAUGAUUUCCCUUCACUGGAGCUUAGAAGUCCAAACCUGUUCCAGUAUGACAGUGCCCAUGUGCACAAAGUGAGCUCCGUGAAGACAUGGUUUGCCGAGGUUGCCGAGUGGAAGAACUCAACCACGUUAAACACCUUUGAGAGGAACUGGAGUACCAACUGCACCCCAGGUCUCCUCGCCCGACUCAUUGCCUGACCUUACUAAUGCUCUUGCAGUUGAAUAAGCACAAAUCCCCACAGCCAUGUUUCAAAAUCUAGUGGGAAGCCUUCACAGAAGAGUGGAGCUUAUUAUUACAGUAAACGGGGAGUGAAUCUGGAGCGUGAUGGUCGGGUGUCCACAAACUUUUGGCCAUAUAGUGUAUGUGAGUAUCAUUGUGGCUUGAGAUGCCAAUCAUGGAACCAACUUGUAACUUUAGCAUAUCAGACCUAAUAGACCUGCUGUUAAUGAACAGAUUGUAUUAAACCAGGCCAAAAUGGUAUUUCAUAGAAUGAGAUUUUUAUGAGCUUUGGAAUGAUUUCUAAAAACAUUGUAUUAUGUAUUAAGUCAACCAGCAGUGAAGCAUGGAUUAGAACUAAGACUUAAAUCACAGAAAAGAUAAUGAGAAACUUCACAUCGUUUGACUUUCAGUUUUUAUAGUGGAGAGUUCAGGACAAUAAAAUGGAGCUGCUGCACUUUUGGUUUUACUUACCUUCAUGUGUGGUGGCAUCAUUGCUUGCAUCUUUGAAAACUGACAUGUUUAGGAGCCAAAUAUGAAAUUCAGGUGUUUACACGUUAGAACAUUCCUUUAUGAACGUUUAAAGGUCCCAUCCCCCAUCACCCAGGAUGGCAGUAACAUUCCUGUGGAAGUGCAGUUGAAAGUCAGCGUCAUUGUAGAUAGAAGGGCCAAAGAUUUUCAGACGUUGUACUUUCCAGAUUCAGUGUUUGGCAAUUCUUCGUGUUAAAACCUGCUUUAAACGGUCCUUCAUGAAAAGUUUAGGGCCGGUUAUAAAUUCAUAUAGCAGACUGCAAAAUUGUAAAGUGCCUACCUAUCUCCACUAAACCGAUAAACCUAUAAAGGGGGUAUUAGGGAUAUUAAAAAAGGAUCUGAUUUGUUUUUUCUUUUCAAAUCAGGAAGACUGCAAGGCUUCAAAAACAUUUCCUGAUUCCUUAAUCAGCUUAGCCCUGCACCAUUGUGUUCUUAUAUUUAAAAGUAUGUACAGUAACGUUGUGGUUCAACAUUGUGCAGGUCAACAAAGCUGAUACUGUGUUUGUGUUACAAAUUAAACCUGUCUAUAUAUCAGAUUUAAUUUAAUCUGCCGGCUCUUUCACUUUUUACGCAGAUCCGAAAUAAAUCAAGUGAACGCAGAUAGUGAAUAUGAAAUCUGUUAGAUUUUAUUGCUCCAAUCAAAGACAGACCAGAAAACACCACACACUUCCAAACCUCAGUAUUAAAAAUGAAAAUAAAAUGUGCCAUAGCUUCACAAAAGAGUGCAAUCAAAAAUAAUAUAUAUGUAAAUUUGCAGAGGUUAUUCUAUAAAUUUAUUAAUGUAGUGCCUACAUUUAUACAGCCCCUGUCCCAUUUUCUGUCAUUCUUAAAUGUGCCAUUCAACCAUGUGGUGCUGAGACUCAGGGGGAAAGUAGAAAAUCCACAGCAUUAAAAAUGCAACAGAGUAACCUGCUAUAUCUUAAUUUUUAACUUCAAACAUAACAUAUAUAAUUAGAAUGUGUUUAAACUACUCAUAUUACUGUAAUAUCUGAAUUUAUAAGUCACCCCUUAACAAAUAUUCCCUGAAACAGAAGCAUCUAAAGUAAAACAAUUAAAGGAACAGGCCCAGAACAAACCAGAAGAGAAGAGAAGCUGACAGCUCAGAGUUUUGCAAAGAGGAUUUGACAUCAGCAAGGUCAUGCCUUACAUUAUAUAUCAAAAUGUACACCAGGAUGUCCUCUUUCUGUUUUUUUAUUUUUGACUAAUUAAACUUUUUUUCUUAGGUCAUGUGUGUAAUUUAGCUACACAAAACAACUUACAUUUGUGUUUCCACAAUAAGCAAGUAUAAUCCAAAUCAUUUUCAGUACAACAAUAAAACUAAUUUAAGUUCACUGAA